AUGGCGGCUUCAAAGAAAACAAAAAAUGGCAUGAUACAUGAGCCCUCCCUUCCUCCUCCAGUCCUUCCCAUCCCAGACAAGACUAAGGCACGACGAAAACAUAAAAAAAUCAUCGAUCCAAACAUGUCAAACCCUCGGCUUCUCGUAAAUCGUCCCUGUAUUUACGAAAGAAAGCUACCGGGUGGCGCCUACAUUACAGCACACGUCCAAAGACUCCAACAUGGGUUCUAUUCCAGCCCUGUGGUCUCAGACACCGAUUGCGAGCAUGUUGACUUUCUCGGCGUGAGCUUUGUAUUUCAUUCUUCCCAGACCUCAAACCACCGCUUCAAAUCUGCAACUAUUCGAGCGGCUAUAUAUGGGGACCCGAAGAUUCCGGACUUCAAAGACAAUACCAAUGGAUAUCCGCCAGGAAACCCACGGUUCCUCAUGCAUGCUCCCCAUCUGAUUUUCGGGGCAGUCUCACCUGAGACUAUGCAGUGGACUUUCAGUCUAGCGGGCUCACUCGGUAUCUCUGAAGCACCCGUCAGUGCCAGUGUGAUUCCAUCAGGCAGCGUCAACAAGCAGUUCCGACGUUACGAAAUGAUGCAUAUCCAAGGCUCCUCCCGUACGCUCAAGAGCCCCGCCGGCCCCGAGUAUGAUGUCGAAGCCGGCGAGAUUGUCUGGUCGCUCGAGGAAAACAAUCUUCAACGAUCGGGACUUCCUCGAGAAUUUACUUUUGUUAUGCUGAUCGAUAAACCGGCUGCUAAUAGCAAAGUUAACCUGCGGCUUGAUAUUGAUCCUGUUCUUACGACAUGGUAUGGCAACUACCCUAACUUGAUGCUUUCCUUGUCUACCUUUCAGCCGUUGGUGCGUCGAAGCGUCGACUUCAAUAAGGAAAUCGGGCAGAGGUUUACACCUGCUGAUGGGGGUUCAAGAUUCAAUUUUGCAGCUCUCGAAAGUUCGUUUGAUGAGUAUAUUGCAAUGCCGGGAAGGAAGUUCACUCGAACGGUCGAAAUUCCUCCAGAGCCCCAAAUGCCGCAAAAUAAUAUGCCUCAAAGUUACCCAGGCCAAUACGGCAACAACAGCCAGUAUGGAAAUGGACAAUAUGGCAACAUUGGACAAUAUAACCUUUUGAACCCAGUAACGGAGAUGGAGAAUGAAGGAUUCUCUUUCAGAGAUAACAUCACUGGAAAUCUUCUUAUGGCUCAACUCCGCCAGUUGCAGGCGAGUGGUCAGGGUACCUCAACGACGAACGCGACAACUGCAUCUAAUAACAACGGCACUGGUAACAACAACACUCCCAUGGCAUACAAUACUAUAGGACCCUCUGGAACUACGCAUACGCUCAAUGUCAGAUUGUUCAUCGAAAAUGGAAAUACCGUUCAAUACCCAACUCACCACUCUCCUACGCAUGUGCGCAAUACCAACACAAAUUUCGCACAUCAAUAUUUCCCCGAUGACCCAACACGAAACCGAAGCCAUAGUUCUCAUUCCGGCUUCACUGCUCUCACUCUCGACGAUGAUAGCAACGAAACGGAAGGCUGGUUGUCGCGGUACCGAAUGGAUGACCAUACUCGUGCUCUGAUGGUUCGAGGAAAGGUUCACGAAGAGGAAGAGGCCGUUAAGAGUCCUCCUCAAAAAUCCCAACCACGUAGAAGCAGUUUCGAGCGUGAUAGUCAAAGCCGGGUCAUGACGCUUGCUAAUGUGCCUCUCACCCAUAACCUUCUUGCUUCUGUCAGAGAAAAUGCGCAUUUCUGA